AUGCAAGGAAGGUUCUCCGGUUGGAUUUUGAUCGGAAGAAUAUCUCCAAUUUCCCCAUUCCUAUACACCCUUGAUUCUGCAGCAAAACUGAACAUCGCCAUCACUCUUCUCCGAUCCGAUCCGAUCCAUUUCCAUACUCAUUCUAUAUCUCCCUCUCUCUCGCUUUCAAUUCGACCAAGCAUGGACCCUAAUCAACUUUUCUCCGCGCAUUUCCUCGAUGGUACUAUUGCCUCUCGCGUUGAGGGCCAAAACAGACCUCUCCCAUCUGUUAUUGUGAUUGGUGCUGGAAUAUCUGGAAUUGCUGCAGCACGAUGUCUCUACGAUGCAUCUUUUAAGGUGACUGUACUGGAGUCACGAGAUAGGCUUGGUGGUCGCAUUCAUACCGACUUCUCAUUUGGUUGUCCAGUUGACAUGGGAGCCUCUUGGCUACAUGGAGUUUGUAAUGAAAAUCCAUUGGCUCCAUUGAUACGUGGCCUGGGGCUUUCUUUAUAUCGUACCAGUGGGGACAACUCUGUCCUAUAUGACCAUGAUUUAGAAAGUUAUAUGCUUUUUAACAAAGACGGUAAACAAGUUCCACAGCAGAUGGUCAUUGAAGUUGGAGACACCUUUAAGAAAAUUCUGGAAGAGACAGGGAAAGUUAGGGAUGAGCAUUCAGAGGACAUUUCAGUUUCCCAAGCUAUUUCAGUUGUGCUAGAUAGGCAUCCAGAACUAAGGCAAAAAGGACUUGCCUAUGAAGUGCUACAAUGGUUUAUAUGCAGAAUGGAAGCUUGGUUUGCUGCUGAUGCAGAUAUGAUUUCUCUGAAAACCUGGGAUCAGGAACAUGUCCUUUCUGGUGGUCAUGGACUCAUGGUGCAAGGAUAUGAUCCUGUUAUAAAAACUCUUGCAAAAGAUAUCGACAUACGUUUGAAUCACAGAGUGAAAAAGAUAUCCAGUGGUUACAACAAGGUAAUGGUUACGGUUGAGGAUGGCAGGAACUUUGUUGCUGAUGCUGCUAUCAUAACUGUUCCUAUUGGAAUCCUAAAAGCCAAUUUAAUUGAAUUUGAACCAAAACUUCCUGAUUGGAAGGUUUCAGCAAUUUCCGAUCUUGGUGUGGGCAAUGAAAAUAAGAUUGCCCUAAGAUUUGACAAAGUAUUUUGGCCUAAUGUAGAACUCUUGGGCACUGUUGCUCCAAACUCUUAUGCCUGCGGCUAUUUUCUCAAUCUUCACAAAGCAACAGGCCAUCCUGUUCUUGUCUAUAUGGUAGCUGGAAGGUUUGCUUAUGACAUUGAGAAGCUAUCUGAUGAGGCAGCUGCAAAAUUUGUAAUGCAACAGCUCAAGAAGAUGUUUCCAAAUGCUUCUGAGCCAGUUCAGUAUCUUGUGUCUCGAUGGGGAACAGAUCCAAACUCUCUUGGAUGUUACUCAUAUGAUUUAGUUGGAAAACCACAUGAUGUGUAUGACAAGCUUCGUGCACCCUUGGGCAAUCUAUUCUUUGGGGGGGAAGCUGUAAGCUUGGACAACCAGGGAUCUGUGCAUGGAGCUUACUCCGCUGGGAUUAUGGCUGCAGAAAAUUGUGAGGCAUAUCUUUUAGAGAAACAAGGCCCCGUGAAGCUUCGUCUAGCUUCUGUUAGACAUGAAAUGCUUCAAGCUCUUAUACCUCUUCAGAUCUCAAGGAUGUGA